GGCCAUGAUAAUUUUCAAAGGACAUUUGUUUCAUAUAAUCAUCUUACAUUAAGUUUAUUACAAUGUUUUUGGGUCUUGUUUUUUUUUCUUCUUGUUACUUGCUCGGAACAGAACUCUUGCAUCAUAUUUUCAUUAAUCAUCUGAGACUCAUGAGCAAAAAGUUAAUGAUAAAAAUAUUUCAUAUGAACCUUAUAUUUUAAGCUGUAUAAAAUACAACUCUCAUGUAUGUGAGUCUUGAUUGUAGGCAAUAGCUACACUUUAAUGUAUACCAAAAUAUAUAUUUACUGUAGUGAUGGUACAUUACAAAGUGAAUCAUUAUUGUGUUGGCUAGAGAAAGGCUUUGUUAAGCAAGUGCAUAGCACCACCCUUUUAACCUUUUCUGAAAGGAGAUGGAAAUGGAAGGUGGAGUGUGUCUUCUUAAACAGCUCCCACCUGCUGAGAUAUUUUUCCUGCUGCCUGUGCGCUACUGAACAGGGUUAAAGACUUUUGCAUCUCCUUUAGACUCAGUGCAGCCCAUGCCUUAAGAGCACCCAGUAGGAUUGACCCUUGCAGCAUUCUGUUCUUACAGGUGUUUGGGUUGUUUUGUCUCCAGAGAUGCUGCACCUUUCUCAGAGACCUAGGAUAUGGUGUCAUGCAGAGACACCAAGGUUGUAUGUAGUGGUUACAUUGUUACAGAUACUGUGGAGGGCAUAAGGGGUUUUUUUGGUGUCUGUCUGCUUGGUUUUUCCCCCACAGGUUGAGGCUGCUUUGCCAUCCUGAACGGUCUAUAGUGACUUUGCCUUAAUAAAUGUGGAGGACCAGGCAUUGCCAAAAUAAAUGUAAGCACUUUGCCUAUGGAUUUGCAGAGGAAGUCAGAAGAUUGAACUUUGGUGCUGUAACACCUGGUUAUGAUUUUAUGAAAACACUUAGGGAAGGCAUAGAGUCUAUUCUUCCUUCUGAUGUUCAUGAGAUAGCUGAGAACCGGCUCUAUGUGUCAGUCACUAACUCAAAGAGUGGGGAAAAUCACUUGGUUUCAAAUUUUCCCUCCAGGGAGGACCUCAUUAAGGUCCUGCUAGCAAGUAGUUUUAUACCAGUGUAUGCAGGAAUUAAGCCAGUGGAAUUUAAAGGACAGAAGUGGAUUGAUGGUGGCCUUACCAAUGGCCUUCCUAUCUUGCCUGUUGGAAGAACUGUGACAAUUUCCCCUUUCAGUGGUCGAUUAGAUAUCUGUCCAGAAGAUAAAGGGCGUGUGGACCUGUAUGUUAAAUUAGCAAAACAAGAUAUGAUGCUGUCUCUGGCCAACCUAGUAAGACUUAAUCAAGCUUUGUUCCCACCAGACCAGGAGAAAAUGGAGUUGUUGUACCAAAAUGGCUUUGAUGAUACUGUACGCUUUUUAUUGAAAGAAAACUGGUUUGAGUAGACGGCUCACAGAAAAUU